GUAUAAAUAAUAUUACUACUAAUUAAUUUGAUCAAAUAUAAUGGGAACAUUGGGAACUCAUGUCAUCGUGUUUAUUUUAGCACAUAUUCUUGUUGUAAAUAAAGUCUUACAGAUUGUAUAUAUUCAAUUGAAAAUAAAAGUAUGAUGGRAUUAAGUCUAAAAUUAGGUGAGUUAAAAAAUGAAAAGUACAUUACAUCAAUAACUUAGAGGUAAACAAAAAAUACAACUAAAGUACAUUACCAUAGCAACAUGAUAUAUCUUAUUGCGUGUUUUAUCUAUUCUUGCAUAUGAUUUUAAAUCAAAGAUUAUAUGUUGAAUAAAAAUGGGAGAUUUAAAAGCAACUACAAUAAAAGAUGCAAUAAAAAAUUGGGAAGAUGAAAAUAAGGAAUCUGCUAGUGAAGCUACAAAUAUUUGUUUACAAUUUCAGUGGCCACCUAUAGAAAAAAUGGAUAAUAAUUUAUCUGUUUUAACUAAAUGCGAGAAAUUAUCAUUAAGUACAAAUAUGAUUGAAAAAAUAAAUGGUCUUGCUGCUUUAAGACACUUAAAAAUUUUAUCGUUGGGGCGAAACUAUAUUAAAGCUUUUACUGGACUUGAACCAUUGGCUGAAACAUUAGAAGAAUUAUGGAUAUCUUAUAACUUUAUUGAAAAAAUGAAAGGUGUCUUAGGCAUGCGUAAACUUAAAGUUUUACAUAUGUCCAAUAAUAAUGUUAAAGAAUGGGCAGAAGUAAAUAAGCUUGCAGAAAUGGAAAAUCUUAAAGACUUUUUAUUUGUUGGAAAUCCACUUUACGAAUGUUUGGAUGAGUCUGUAUGGCGUAGUGAUUGUAUUAGAAAGCUACCUAAACUAGAAAUAUUGGACGGAGUACCAAUCAUAAGAGAAUAAAAUAUACAUCUCAGUUGAAAACUAGAACCACUUAAUUUUUUGACAAACCGUGUGGAAAUAAUAUGUGGAUGGAUCAUUAUAUUAUUAUAAAAGUGUCAUACGUCUGACGUCAUUUACGACGUGCACAUUAUUUAUUUAUUUAACGAAUCAGAAAUCAGACUAAAAGGCCUAAAUCRCAAUAUAUGUUAUAUUUACCCUCUUCCCGCUCUCACUCGCAGCCUCAUCCCGUCGUUUGACUCGUCACGUGUGUGACGUGCAGCCCUGUAAAGUAUUUGAGUAWAAGUACUUUUUAAAUACUUUCAGCAUCAAG